AUGGGCGACAUCAAGUCCAUCAACGCCACCAGGGUGGCCGUCACCGCCCAGUCGGCCACCGAGCUGAUCGGAAACACGCCCCUCGUUCGUCUGAACAAGAUCCCCCAGAGCUUGGGCAUUGAGGCCGAGGUCUACGCCAAGGUCGAGCUCUUCAACGCCGGCGGCAGCGUCAAGGACAGAAUAGCCCUGCGCAUGAUCGAGGAGGCCGAGAAGAGCGGUCGCAUCAAGCCUGGCGACACCCUCAUCGAGCCCACCAGUGGCAACACUGGUAUCGGUCUGGCCCUCGUCGGCGCCAUCAAGGGCUACAAGACGAUCAUCACCCUCCCCGAGAAGAUGUCCGCCGAGAAGGUCUCCGUCCUCAAGGCCCUCGGCGCUACCAUCAUCCGCACACCCACCCAGGCCGCCUGGGACAGUCCCGAGUCGCACAUCGGCGUCGCGCGCCGUCUCGAGAAGGAGAUCCCCAACGCCCACAUCCUCGACCAGUACGGUAACCUCGACAACCCGCUUGCCCACGAGUACGGCACCGCCGAGGAGAUCUGGAACCAGACCAACGGCAACAUCACUGCUGUUGUCGCCGGCGCGGGUACUGGUGGUACCAUCACUGGUAUCGCUCGUGGUCUGAAGAAGCACAACAAGGACAUCAAGGUCAUCGCGGCGGAUCCUCACGGCAGUAUCUUGGCUUUGCCCGAGGCGCUGAACCAGGACCACAUCAACGAGGGUUACAAGGUCGAGGGUAUUGGCUACGACUUCAUUCCUGAUGUUCUUGACCGCGAGAUCGUGGACAAGUGGUACAAGACCGAGGACAGAGAGUCUUUCCAGCUUGCCAGGAGGCUGAUCGCCGAGGAGGGUCUCCUCGUCGGUGGUAGCUCUGGCUCCGCCAUGGCCGCCAUGGUCCGCGCCGUCAAGGACCUCAACCUGGGCAAGGGCGACACCGUCGUCGUUGUCCUCCCCGACAGCAUCCGCAGCUACCUGUCCAAGUUCGCCGACGACGACUGGCUGGCCGCCAACGACCUCCUCCCCGAGGUCAACGGCCUCGAGACCCAGGCCGCGUCCAACAAGCCCAAGACGACCGACCCUUACGAGGGCGCCACUAUCCGCGCUCUGCGCUUGAAGCCCGUCAUGACCGUCUCCGCGUCAAGCCCCGUCUCUGAGGCUUCCGAGAUCAUGCGCGACAAGGGCUUCGACCAGCUGCCCGUCCUUUCGGCCACCGGCAACAAGCUUGUCGGUCUAGUUACGCUCGGUAACCUGCUCAGCUACGUCUCUUCCGGACGUGCCAGCGCCAACAGCCCCGUUAGCGACGUCAUGUUCGACUUUGGUCGUCUGGACGAGGUUGUCACGGACCCCAGGCAGAUCGCCGGCGGCGAGACCCAGGAGAAGGGCAAGAAGAGGAAGUUUGUCGAGAUCACUCUCGACACUCCUCUGUCGACGCUCAGCAAGUUCCUCGAGUGGAACAGUGCUGCGGUCGUCACCGACAAGACCGAGGGCAGCAAGGGCCUGUCCAAGCCCAUUGCCGUCGUCACCAAGGUCGACCUUCUCACCUGGGUUGUGAACAAGAAGGCGUAA